AUGUCGAUCAUAGCGCUUCUAGCGUCCUUUUACGCGUCGGCAUCUCAGGACGCCGUUGCUCGGUUGCUUCAUGUCGGUGCCGACGAGGAAUGCACGGAAAUGAAUAUACCUGCAAUAUCUGGAAUGGGUGAAGCUGGAAUUGAUGGUUCUCCAGUCCAAUAUGUGUUGUCGUUUGUUUUAACCCUCAAUUUGAACAAAAAUGAACUUCAAGUUGCACCGCUUCGGAGGACGGUGGAAUAA